AUGUCUCUCAAGCGCAAGGCAUCGCUUUCGGCCAUCAAUUCGCCUGCCUCGCCCACCCCUCUCCCCGGAUACACAUUCGCCAUGGACGACUCUCCCAAACAUCUUCAUAGUCGGACGCGAAAGCGGUUCAGGAAUGAUCGCCCCGACGAGAAAGUAGUCUAUGAAAACACCCUGCGCUGGUUAUUCACUGCCCAGCAAACCCGUCCAGCGCAGACCCCAAUUGGUGUCGCAGACGAGCAAGACAUGGACUCUGAACCUCUCCCAACUCCAGAAACCCUUGAUCCCCGCCAGCAGACGCUACACAAAUUUUUCCAACCUUCCCAGCCGGCACUUCACUCUCGUCCGCACCUCACGAAGCUGCGACCGAACGAGCAGAGCAACAACCCGUUCCUGCGACCACCCACGCUCGAUAUAAACAUGACAAUUGCUCCAAUGGGUAGCGAUGCGACCUCUUCGCCACCCCAGGAAUCUUAUACCGACAUGGAUGUGGAUAUGGAUGUCGACUCUGGAAGCGACGAACCCGUGCAAGCUCCCGAGAGACGGGUCGGAGGUCUCUCAUGGAUGGGACACCCUCGGCUGCCUUAG